AUGACGGAGCGUGUCCGAAGUGAUCAUGUCGCUGAGGCCGAGGUAAAGAGGAGGCCGCACUACGUGCCGUCGCUCGACUACGGAGAGAAAGGCGCCGCGGCGGAGAAGAAAGGCGCCGCGGCGGAGAAGAAAGGCGCCGCGGCGGAGAAGAAAGGCGCCGCGGCGGAGAAGAAAGGCGCCGCGGCGGAGAAGAAAGGCGCCGCGGCGGAGAAGAAAGGCGCCGCGGCGGAGAAGAAAGGCGCCGCGGCGGAGAAGAAAGGCGCCGCGGCGGAGAAGAAAGGCGCCGCGGCGGAGAAGAAAGGCGCCGCGGCGGAGAAGAAAGGCGCCGCGGCGGAGAAGAAAGGCGCCGCGGCGGAGAAGAAAGGCGCCGCGGCGGAGAAGAAAGGCGCCGCGGCGGAGAAGAAAGGCGCCGCGGCGGAGAAGAAAGGCGCCGCGGCGGAGAAGAAAGGCGCCGCGGCGGAGAAGAAAGGCGCCGCGGCGGAGAAGAAAGGCGCCGCGGCGGAGAAGAAAGGCGCCGCGGCGGAGAAGAAAGGCGCCGCGGCGGAGAAGAAAGGCGCCGCGGCGGAGAAGAAAGGCGCCGCGGCGGAGAAGAAAGGCGCCGCGGCGGAGAAGAAAGGCGCCGCGGCGGAGAAGAAAGGCGCCGCGGCGGAGAAGAAAGGCGCCGCGGCGGAGAAGAAAGGCGCCGCGGCGGAGAAGAAAGGCGCCGCGGCGGAGAAGAAAGGCGCCGCGGCGGAGAAGAAAGGCGCCGCGGCGGAGAAGAAAGGCGCCGCGGCGGAGAAGAAAGGCGCCGCGGCGGAGAAGAAAGGCGCCGCGGCGGAGAAGAAAGGCGCCGCGGCGGAGAAGAAAGGCGCCGCGGCGGAGAAGAAAGGCGCCGCGGCGGAGAAGAAAGGCGCCGCGGCGGAGAAGAAAGGCGCCGCGGCGGAGAAGAAAGGACAGUCGGUGGGAGCUCUAACUGCCUCUUACGACGACGAUCUAGUGGACAUCGAAGGGUGUCUGCCUGAGUGA